AUGACGGAGAGCAAACGAUGCAACGGCACCGUCAAGUGGUUCAGCGCCAGGAAAGGCUUCGGCUUCGUCGCUCCCGAUGACGGCGGCGAGGAUCUCUUCGUCCACCAGACCUCCAUCCAAUCCGACGGCUUCCGUACCCUCUCCGACGGCCAGGCCGUCGAAUUCUCCGUCGAUUUCGCGGACGACGGGCGCUCCAAGGCCGUCGAUGUCGCUGCCGUCUCCAGAUCCCGCCGCGCUCCCCCGCGCGGCGGCGGCAGGGGAUUCCACGCCGGGAGAGGCAGGGGCGGCGGAGGUUACGGGAGAGGAUCGAGAGGCGGUGGCCGGUCCGGCGGAGGUUCUGGGUACAAUUACGACGGCGGGUACGGGGACGGAGGAGGCGGGGGCGGUGUAGAGUGUUACAAUUGUGGGCGAUUUGGGCAUUUGGCUAGGGAUUGCUACAGCGGCGGCGGAAGAGGAGGCCGAAGGUACGGCCGCGGCGGCGGUGGUGGUGGAUAUUCCGGUGGGAGAGGCGGUGGCGGAGGCGGAGAAUGUUACAGUUGUGGGGAGGAAGGGCAUUUUGCGAGAGAUUGCCCCAACGGGGAGAAGCAGUGA